CGGCUUGGGCUCGGCUGGCUCCGGCGGGUGGGGACGCGGUGCGCGUUGCCCAUCGGCCGCACUGGCCCCCUGGUACGCCGCGAGGGGCGUGUACCCAACCGCGCACUGGCGGGCUCCAUGUUCACCGAGCUGAGGUCAAAGCUGAGCCCCCCGCGAGCUCGCGCCGGGGCUGUGCGUACAGGCUUCGGGGAGCGCCCGGAUGUGGACGCCACUGCCCAUUUCAGCUUCUGCCAGACCCUCCUAGAGCACACAGUGUCAGCUGAGAACAUACCCUGCCACCUGCCUCGGACACCAGGCACCAGCCUCACCUGGCAUGACUCCCGUAGCCAGAGGGCAUCCAGCAGCAGGCCAGUCAAGCUCCUUCAGCAGCCAGGCUCAGAGACCCCCCAGGCUCGGCUGUACUCUGAUCACUAUGGCUUGUACCACACAAGCCCUUCACUGGGUGGCCUGACAAGGCCCGUGGUCUUGUGGAGCCAGCAGGAUGUUUGCAAGUGGCUCAAGAAGCAUUGUCCUCACAACUACCUCGUCUAUGUCGAGGCCUUCUCCCAGCAUGCCAUCACUGGCCGAGCCCUGCUUCGACUGAAUGCAGAUAAGCUGCAGAGAAUGGGGUUGACCCAAGAGGCCCAGAGGCAGGAGGUGCUGCAGCAGGUGCUCCACCUGCAGGUGCGCGAGGAGGGGCGGAGCCUGCAGCUGCUCAGCCAAGCUUCCUUCGGAAACAUGUCCUAGCUGCUGCCUAGACUUGGACCCCAGACCCCAACACUGUGACCAGAGCCCACAGCCAAGGAUGAGGCAGAGCUGGCCCUACAGCCCCUUUGGAUCCUAGUGACUAAAUCUAGCCCAGUGAACAGGGAGGGGCAGGACUGCCACCUCCAGGUUCCUCUGGAGAGGCACUAUAGGUUCUGCCCUGUGGCUGGGUGGGUGGUCGCUGCCUGCCUGAAGACCCUUCUUCUGGGAUCGAAGCCCAGGUCCACCCCCUGGUGCUGCUGGCAGCGAACAGGGCAGCUGCCUGGAGUGAGAGUGGGGUUUGAAUGUCCCCAGACUCCCAGGGAGUCUGUUUAUUUAUGCUCCCUCCAACAUGUGACCAUCCCCCAUCUUCUGAGUCAUGAGUCCCUCCUUAAGUCUUUUAAUUCUGUUUUCCCCAGGCACAUCCAGGUCAGCUACACAUCGGGACAAGCUUGCUUGGCUCUCUUUCUGGUGUAUCCCUUCCCUAACCCUCUCAGAGUACAGCAGGUUCAACCUGUUGUCCACAGUGAUGGUCAUCAGCCCAGCUAGGUAUCAUGCCAUGUGCUUCACUCAGUGAUUAUGAAACUUCAGUUUACCCUAUCCACCACGAGAUCUGAAGUUGGAAGGGGUCCAAGAUGCUCAAGCUCCAAAGCCAGUGUGUGGCGGGACACAGACUCCGGUGCCACACAGGUGACCCAUGCACAGCCCACCAGUUCAGCAAUGUUCCCAACCUUACCUUUGAAGAAGUCUUGCUCUUAAGCAUCUUCCCUAUUCCCUGGCUCUUAGAGACCAUCUUGAAGAAACGUGUGUGUGUGUGUGUGUGUGUGUGUGUGUGUGUGUGUGUGUGUGUGUGUGUACACCUCUGCGGCUCUCCCAAGAAAAUCUGUAUUUAUAAUUUUUCCAAGAAAAUGAUGUAGGGCUGUUCCUCUCAUGUGUCACCAGAUACCUGAACAACCCUCCCUUGGGUAUUUGGGGGCUGGUGCUGCCAGGAAGGACAGUGAGGAGCCCCUGGCAGCUCACUUGCACUCUGCCCUCUACUAACUUUCCCAGGGACUCUAAAAUCUCAGGGACAGUUGAGGCUCAGCCUCCAGUCCCCUCUGCGUGCCAGAAGCUGGCCUCAAUUCAAGGUUGCUCAUUACAAUUAAUUUAGGCCACUGACCUGGCAUCUCCCAUCCUGUAUGCCCUCCACCCAUGGAAGGACCACCUUGUUGUGUCUGCCUGCCUUUAGAAUCCCCCAGUCCUUGUUCCUGCAACCAGAGGGCUCUCUCUGCCUCCUUUCUCUCUCCUCUGUCAUUUCUACCCUAUGCUCCUGUCCUGUCUUCCUUGGUUUUUGGUCACUUUUUUAUACUAUGACCAGAAAAAAAAAAAAUCAGAAAUAAAUCUGGUUCUCAAAUGCCA